UGUGUCUGUGUGUUUAGUGUGUUAGAGGUUAAGAAAUAUAAAGUUGAUAAACAGUAUCCAGUUUUCGAUUUGUUAUUAUCAUUUAAUUUUAUAUUGAUCAUCGCAGCGAAAAAAAUUUUAAAAUGUCCGAUAAGGAUAAAUCAAAACCAUCACAACCCAAGAAUAUUCCAAAAGACGGUCAGGUAAUAAUGGCUAUAAUGAAGGAAAUGGGUAUAACAGAUUAUGAACCCAAAACAAUCGUACAACUUACAGAAUUUGUAUACAGAUACGCCACGUCAAUUUUGGAAGAAGCUCGUAUGUAUGCUAACAAUUCAAAGAAAAAGUUUUCGGAUGCUGAUGCAAGUAACUCAAAGAAAAAGUUUUUGGACGUAGAUGAUGUUCGAUUGGCUUUGCAACUGACAUGCGAGUCGACAUUUACGACUCCUCCACCAAGGGAAGUUCUUAUGGAACUAGCCCAUGUUAAGAAUUAUUCGAUGCUACCUGCAGUAAAGCCUCAUUGCGGAUUGAGAUUGCCACCAGACCGUUAUUGUUUAUCUUCUUGUAAUUACACACUUAAAAACGCCGUAAAGAAAGGUGCCAAGGCAAAUUUCUCUAUAACGGGGGCAACAGGAAUGAAACUUACACCCAAAUCAAAUAUCAGUUUUUUAAGGCGAGCAAAUACUGGCAUUAAUAAGCAAACGGUUACUAUUCCCAAACCAGUUACAAAAAUCGCUACCCAACCUCAAAAGACAAUUGCAAAACCGAAAAUACAAAUAACCCAAAAUGUGCAAAUUGUGCCGGCUAACAAUGGCAUGGAAGGUGAAACUAGCUUGAAACGGAAAAGAGAGGAUGAAUCCGAGCUUGCAUGAAUAUAUUUCACAAAUAUAAUUUACUAUUUGGCAAUGUAUAAUUACAUUAGUUAUAUAUGUCCAACAUAAUUUUGCUGUUUUUUUUAUAUAAAGUUUAUUCUAAGUAAUACAUGUCUUUUCUUAUAUUGAAAGUGUUACUUUUUUCAGACAAUUUAUAUGUAUAAUAGGGUCGAAUUUUUGGUGAAAAUAAA